AUAAAGUAUCAAUAUUCGAUAUAAUUCAUAUAUAAUUCUGAAAAAAAAACAAGUCGCGCUUCGAACGGGGAAUUAAGGUGCGCGCUCUAAACUUGCAAAGCAAUACGUAUACGUUUAGUGCAUCGCUAAGUGAGCAAAGUGACCAGUUCCAGUCGACCAGUCGUGACCAUGGCAUUACUGGGGCAAAUGUGUUAACGCCUUUCGUAUAUAUACUAAAUAUAGUAGUGUCUAAUUAGCGGAAUAUUUAAACGAAAGCCAAAUAACAAACAAAUUAAGCGAAAAUUGAAAAUAUGCGCCUGGCCCACAGUGUUGUGGCCUCCUGCUGGCUGCCGUUACUCAUCUGGAUGUCGAGGAGCAAUGCAUUGCCUCGCCCCCAAUUCGAGCAGGAGGAUAACGAGGUGUCCACCAAUUGUGGCGGUGAUAAUGGAGCACCCCUGAUAACGCCCUGCAAGGAGUCCAUCAAGCUGGAGUACAGGACAAACUACACGCUGCGUUGCGAGGCCAGCGAGCCGAUCAUUUGGUGGGCAAGUCACGAAAGUUCGCUGGUCAGUAGCUUCGAUAAUACGGAGGAGGAUCCCCAGCGUCCGUAUGGCCUGCAGCUGCACCUGAUCGAGGUGACGGCGGACAAUGUGGGGGCAUACUACUGCAUCAAGGAGUCGUCGGCAGAGUCCCUCACUAGCGGUCCGGACGAGAAGCUCGGCGAGAUGCUGGGCGAGAUGGUGAACAACGAUCUGGCGAGCACCAUUUACGUGUUUGUGAAUGAUCCGAUAAAUCUGCUGGUUCCGACGGCACCCAUUGUCCAUGCUCGCCAGUACACGGAUGUGGUGAUACCCUGCAAACCCUCGAUGCCCGAAACGGAGGUGCUGCUGACAUUCAACUCAGAUAAAUUUUCCAGCCAGACCUCUGGUCGUUAUGAUCCCAAGCGUGGCUUUACCAUCGAAAUACGAAGCAUCACCGAUGGUGGCGACUAUUAUUGUGAGCCCGAGUAUCCAGCCGCAGAGAAUGAAGAGGAGUAUACGGUCAUACCAGUCCGCUUUAUCGGUAACGGUCACAUUGAUACAUCUGGAUUGGAUAGUGCCAGUACCUCGAGUGCCACCAUCCUGCCGCCUAACAUAGAAUACGGUGUUGAAGAAUACAACGGUGUUACGACUCCGGAGGGUUCCGCGGAUAGCGAUAAUGAUAAUGAUAACGAUGAUGAUUUCCUCACUACUGUAACUAACACAACCAAUGAAGCGAAUGAUCGCUUGAAUAAGCCCAGCAUCAGCUCUACGCCGGGAAAGCAUGUCAUUGUGAAUGGGACUUUCACAUUGGUCUGUGAGCUGUCUGCCCCGCAGGGCGUGAACUAUGAAAUGAGCUGGAGCACCCCCAACAGCAAAAAGAAGUGGACACUCCACGAGGAUGCCUACCAUCUAGAUCCUCAGGGUCGCAUCUCCUACACGAAGCCGCGAUUCGACAACACCAUGAAGAACAGCACCCAUGUGGUGGGCAGCAGCAGGCUGACGGUGACACAGGCCCAGGAGUCCGAUGAGGGCACCUACAAGUGCACUGUCACGGAUAGCUUUGACCGCCUGCAGUUCACCACCUACAAGAUGAAAGUCAUGCAACCGAACACGACCUAUCUGGAUGUGCGAGAACCCGCCGGCCACUACAAUGUGAAUGAGUUUGCCAAUAGAACCAUCACAAUGACCGCCGAAUUUAGUGGAUUUCCUCAGCCGAUCUUCAAGUGGUACCGGCCCGAUGGCAGCGAGUUCUGGGAGACGGGGCACAACUUCAACAUUGAAUCGACGGAGUCCAGCACCACGCUUCGGCUGCAUAAUGUCCAGCUGAAGGACAGCGGCACCUAUGUCCUUAAGGGCAAGGUGCCCGAAAGCAAUGUCACCCGCGUCCUGAAGUACAAUGUCAGUGUGAUGUCCUCGCCAGAGCUCAGCAUGGAUGAUGUCUAUGUCGAGGCGGGAAAUGAGGCACAUUUGGACUGCCUGGUGCGUUCGUAUCCCCCGGCGGUGGUCACCUUUCUUUUCAGGCCCUGUAAGCUGGUGCCGCGAUGGCCCACGUGUAACUCACUCAAUCAGAACUUUAGUUCACCCGAUGUCCAAAAGACAUUUAAGUUCAAUGUCCAACCACGACCGGGGCUACUCUCUGUGGAACGUAUCUAUGCCGUGUCCUUUACACCCACAGAGCCGGGCAUACUUUCCUGCGCGGCCCAGAACUUGGUGGAUGGUGUGCCGCGUAUGGCCAUCACCAAAUCGCAUGUGCUGAUCGGUAACAUUGCGGAGAAGAUGACCAUAUAUGGCCUGGAUGAGAACCGGAAGAUUGCCAAGGGCGAUGAGGAGAGUUUCACUUGCGAGGCAUUGGCCUAUCAUUUCGAUGGCACUCUCACAUGGUAUCACAAUGGAGAGGAAGUGGAAGCAUCGGAGGCUCUUCUGAUACAGACCAGCCACAGUGACUACUCCUACAAGAGUACUUUGAAGUUCCCGGCAAUGGGUGAUGGCGAUCGGGGCACCUAUGAGUGCCGUGCCCAUCAUAUCCAUAAUCACACGCAGUACGAUAGUCGGGAGAUCGAUGUCUAUGUACACGAUCCAAAGGCACCCCAUUGGGUGCACACCAAUCUCAAUGCCAACUCAAAGAUGGAGAAAAAACUGGGCGAAUCUUUGGCCCUGGAAUGCCGCUCCAUGGCAGUGCCAAAGGCGAAGGUGCGCUGGUUCAAGGAUGGCAAGGAGCUGCAAGAGACGAAUCUCACCCACAUCAUUGAAGACGAGGAGAAGCUGCUGAUCACCCACCUAUAUCCCUAUGACGAUGGCAUCUACAGGUGUCUAGUGGAGAACCGGCUGGGCAGCAUUGAGAACUCCAUUACCGUGGUCAUCGCUGAUAUGCCUGGCAUUAACAAAGCCUGGAUUUGGUUUGGAGUAAUGCUCUUCCUCAUCCUCAUAAGCCUUUGCGCCUUUCUGGCGGUGCGCUACCACAAGGAGCGCAAGCGUCAUUUGGCUUUGAAGGCCGCCGGUUUGGCCAACUUCGAGGAGGGCGCCGUGGAACAUAUCAAUCCUUCUUUAUCGCUGGACGAGCAGGCGGAUCUGCUGCCCUACGAUCAGAAGUUUGAGUUCGCGCGCGACAGCUUGAAGCUGGGCAAACAACUGGGCGCUGGCGCCUUUGGUGUGGUGCUCAAGGGCGAGGCCAAAGGGAUACGUACCGAUGAACCCACCUCAACGGUGGCCGUAAAAAUGGUCAAGCGCACGGCGGACAAUGAGGUGGUGCGUGCCUUGGUCUCCGAGCUGAAGAUUAUGGUCCACUUGGGACAGCACUUGAAUGUGGUUAAUCUGCUGGGUGCCGUCACCAAGAAUAUAGCAAAGCGUGAACUUAUGGUCAUUGUGGAAUACUGUCGUUUCGGGAAUGUCCAAAACUUUUUGCUCAGGAAUCGCAAGUUUUUCAUCAAUCAGAUAAGUCCGGUUAACGAUAGGAUCGAUCCAGCCAUCAUGGUCCAACGCGUUUCCGAAACCUUUGAGCUCCAUCGCGAUGUAAAUGGUGGUGGCUUGAAGUAUGCUAAUGUCGGUUUCCCCAACCAUCCGUAUAUCAAUCACAUGAACUCCGUAAACAACAAUUAUACGCAAAAUCAUCGCAGAAAUUCGGACAAUGAUCCACGUUCGGGCACACGUGCGGGUAGACCCGGUUCCGCUGGUUACAGCUACGAUCGUCAGACGGACACCUGUGCCACAGAAGCCACUGUGAUGACAACAGUGCCAGACGAUGAACAUGUGAUGUCUAACAACUCGAUACAGCCCGCUUGGCGUUCCAAUUACAAGACAGAUUCUACGGAGGCCAUGACCGUGACCACAACUGACCUCGUUAGCUGGGCCUUCCAGGUGGCUCGUGGCAUGGACUAUCUGUCCUCCAAGAAGGUCCUGCAUGGUGAUUUAGCCGCACGAAACAUACUCCUGUGCGAGGACAAUGUGGUCAAGAUCUGUGACUUUGGUCUAGCACGUUCCAUGUAUCGUGGCGAAAACUACAAGAAAUCAGAGAGCGGAAAGCUACCCAUCAAAUGGUUAGCGCUGGAAUCUCUCAGUGAUCAUGUAUUCAGUACUUAUAGUGACGUUUGGUCCUUUGGCAUUGUGCUGUGGGAGCUGUUUUCGCUGGCCAAGGUGCCAUAUCCCGGCAUUGAUCCCAAUCAGGAGCUGUUCAACAAACUCAACGAUGGCUAUCGCAUGGAGAAGCCACCCUAUGCCAACCAAGAGAUCUAUGAGAUCAUGCUCGAGUGCUGGAGGAAGAGUCCGGAGAGCAGACCCUUGUUUGCUGAGCUGGAGAAGCGCUUUGCCACCAUGCUGGGCGAGGAUGUGACCAAUCACUACCUGGACCUGAACAAUCCCUACAUGCAAACGAACAUGGAGUACAUGAAGAGCCAGUCCACAGACUACCUGGCCCUGAUGGGAUCCCCCGACGAACCCGCGCCGGCAGCACCGCGUUACGUGAAUGGCCAUAUAGUGCCCGAUAUACAUGCAACGCCGCCCCAACCCCAACGCCUUGUAGGACAGCAUUCACCGACGCUUAGCAACAAUAUGAACAGCAGUGUCCACAAGCCGCUGCGCAAGAAGAACGGCCUGCCCACGGUGGAUACCGCCGAUCAGGCACCCGAGGAGAUACCCAUGCUGCAUCGUACGUCCACAUCGGAUACGGAACAGAGUCCGGAACAGGGGCGACGCUUCAACCAGGCGCUAAAGCAGCAAUAUGUCACGCCCAAGCCAUCGCCGCGCCAUCAUGUGGAAACGAAACUGAAUGGCGAGUCCGAGAACUAUGUGAAUGUGAAGCCGCCGCGUAAAAAUCUUGUCAAUAAGCCCACGACUACUGGUGGCACCAGCAACACAGAAGCGUUCUCCAAUCCCAGCUAUCAACCGCUUUCGGGAGUCAAUGAGAAGGUGGAUCGACGUUAUUAGACGUGUAGAUGCCUGGAAGCAGCCAGCUAGCUUAAGUUAGACAACAAUACUACUUAGUGGCAUUCUGAUAUAGCUUUAAGACGAAACUCACUCCAUGUUAUAUAUAUAGUUUAUUAAUGCCAUUUCAUGUAUAAUUUUAGUUAAUAGUUUUAAGUCGAAUUAUCGUGUAUGUUAUAUGUCUCCAAAUGUGUACCUACGAUUACUCAAAUAGAAUGGGUAUAAAAUGAACAGAUCGAUAUAUCACUGGA